AUGAACGUCUCCAAAAUCGCAGAAAACGGACUGCUGUACACGCAGACAGGCACGCCCUAUUACGCCAGUCCCGAAGUAUGGAGCGAGCAGCCGUACGAUUCCAAGUCGGACAUCUGGUCGCUGGGGUGUGUCAUAUACGAAAUGACGACGCUCGAGGUCCCCUUCAAGGCGGAGGACAUGGAGGGACUGGCCCAGACGCUGAAGCCCAAAAGCAGGCCCUCCUGCGAGAAGAUGCUCAGGUCGCCAGUCAUCCUGCGCAAGGUGGAGGAACUGGGCCUCAACGACGUCGAAAUGGGCGACAAGCAGAAGGAACUGCUCAACACCAUCAAGAUGCCCAAGAAACUGCAGUACCUGACGGACCGGCUGCCCAAGUCCAACUAUUCCUUCAGCCAGAGCUACGAGCUGAACAAGGCGGACUCCUCGCUGCACAAGCCCAAGCGGGAGGAGCGAUAG